CUGAUAAAACCUGGAACUUGUGAGAGGAGAGGGACAUUUGGGAGCGAGAUGGCGAAAAGGAUGGCGGCCACGUACCUACAUGUCGUCUUUCUCCUGGCUUUGUGGAAACCUUCACUGCAAGGAGGUGUGUAUAUACCUGCUGGUGGCGCUGGAGCUGGCAUAGGAGCCGGGACUGGAUUUGGACCGGGUGGGACUGGCUACGGCCCUGGAGGAGCUGGGACUGGAUUUCAGCCUGGUGGAGGUGGAGGUGCUGGUCCUGCAGGCUUUGGACCAGGAGCAGGUGGAGGAGGAUAUGGUGGUCCAAGACCAGGAGGAUUCGGACCAGGAGGAGUAGGACCUGGAGGAGUCGGACAGGGAGGAGUCGGACCUGGAGGAGUUGGACAGGGAGGAGUCGGACCUGGAGGAGUUGGACAGGGAGGAGUCGGACCUGGAGGAGUUGGACAGGGAGGAGUCGGACCUGGAGGAGUCGGACCUGGAGGAGUUGGACAGGGAGGAGUCGGACCUGGAGGAGUUGGGCCUGGCCCCGGGGCAGGAGGAUUUGGUGGGCGAGCGCUUGGAGCAGGAGGCCUCGGGACUGGCGUAGGUCUGGGAGCUGGAACAGGCUUUGUACCUGGAGGUGGCUAUGGAGGCUACGGAGGGGGUUAUGGUCCAGGUGCUGGUCAAUACCCAGUAGCUGGUAGAACUGGUCCCAAACCUCCUAAAACAGGCCUGGUGGUGCAGGAGUUGGGCCUGGCGGUGCCGGGUUUGGGCCUGGUGGUGCAGGAGUUGGGCCUGGUGGUGCCGGGUUUGGGCCUGGCGGUGCCGGGUUUGGGCCUGGUGGUGCAGGAGUUGGGCCUGGCGGUGCCGGGUUUGGGCCUGGUGGUGCAGGAAUUGGGCCUGGCGGUGCCGGGUUUGGGCCUGGUGGUGCAGGAGUUGGGCCUGGCGGUGCAGGAGUUGGGCCUGGCGGUGCAGGAGUUGGGCCUGGUGGCACUGGGUUUGGGCCUGGUGGUGCAGGGGUUGGGCCGGGCGGCGCUGGGUUUGGGCCUGGUGGUGCAGGAGUUGGGCCUGGCGGCGCUGGGUUUGGGCCUGGUGGCGCAGGAGUUGGGCCUGGCGGUGCUGGAGUUGGGCCUGGCGGUGCUGGAGUUGGGCCUGGUGGAGCUGGAGUCGGGCCUGGAGGAGGUAGAUAAUUUGAUUUAUAUUAUACUAUACAUUCCAAUUCUGCCGCAGACUGGCACAACAGGCGGAGGGCCAGGGGGGAAGAGCAGUGGUAAAGCAUCAAAACAAGUUCCAGGACUUGGGGUGCCGGGACUCUAUCAUGGUGGAUAUGUACCAGGCCAAGGUUUUGGAGGCCGCGGUGUUCUCCCUGGAGUGGCCACAGGAAAUGGACUUGGACCUCAGACUGGGGCUGGUGUACUUGGCCAGGGUGGUGUUGGACCAGGAGGGGCAGGCAAUGGCCGGGGACCGCAGUUGCCUGGGGUUUUUCGUGGUUACCCUCUCAUAUCACCAAAAUCAGGGACGGGCAAAUCGAAGAAUCCAGCCAAAUAUGCAGCUAAAUACGGUGGAGCUGGAGCUGGUGGAGGUGCUCUUGGUCAAGGAGGUACUUUGGGGGCAGGGGCUGGAAGACUCCCAGGAGGAGGAGCUGGAGUCACACCAGGAUUUGGAGGUGGGGCUGGAACAGGCAGUGGGCCUGGAGCAGCGGGCAGCAUACCUGGCUUAGGUUAUGGUCCGGGCUCAGCCAAAGCUCGCAAAUAUGGUCUGCCUGGCGGUGCAGGCACUGGUGGGGCUGGAGGCCUUGGCGGAGGAGGACCAGCAGGAGGAGCUGGAGUUGGCACGGGAGUCGGACCUGGCUCUGGGGUUGGUGUUGGUCCAGGUGGUGCCGGUACUGGUGCUGCUGGAGGGCUUGGUGGCGGAGGACCAGGAAGAGGAACUGGAGCGGUGCAGGGACUGGUGCAGCUGGAGGGCUUGGAGGACCGGCCGGAGGAGCUGGAGUUGGCACGGGCGUGGGACCUGGCUCUGGGGUUGGUUAUGGCCCAGGUGGUGCUGGGACUGGCCCUGGAGGAGUGGGUUAUGGGCCAGGAGGAACCGGGUCUGGCCAAGGAACAACUGGAGGAAUCAGGCCUGGUGGUGCUGGUACAGGCUAUGGGCCAGGAGGAGGAGUCGGGCCUGGUGGUGCUGGUACAGGCUAUGGGCCAGGAGGAGGAGUCGGGCCUGGUGGUGCUGGAACAGGCUAUGGACCAGGAGUGGGAGUCGGGCCUGGUGGUGUUGGAACAGGCUAUGGACCAGGGGGAGGAGUCUGGCCUGGUGGUGCUGGAACAGGCUAUGGACCAGGAGGAGGAGUCGGGCCUGGUGGUGCUGGCACAGGCUAUGGACCAGGAGGAGGAGUCGGGCCUGGUGGUGCUGGCACAGGGUAUGGACCAGGAGGAGGAGUUGGGCCUGGUGGUGCUGGCACAGGCUAUGGACCAGGAGGAGGAGUUGGGCCUGGUGGUGCUGGCACAGGGUAUGGACCAGGAGGAGGACUCGGGCCUGGUGGUGUUGGUACAGGUUAUGGACCAGGAGGAGGAGUUGGGCCUGGUGGUGCUGGUACAGGCCAUGGACCAGGAAGAGUCGGACCUGGUGGAACUGGAUCAGGAGGAACAGGAACAGGACCUGGAGGAACACGUCCUGGAGGAGUUGGGCCUGGUGGUGCUGGUACAGGCUACGGACCAGGUGGAGGAGUUGGGCCAGGUGGUGCUGGUACAGGCUAUGGACCAGGAGGAGGAGUUGGGCCUGGGGGUGCUGGUACAGGCUACAGACCAGGUGGAGGCAUUGGACCUGGUGGUGCUGGUACAGGCUAUGGACCAGGAGGAGUCGGACCUGGUGGUGCUGGAACAGGCUAUGGACCAGGUGGAGGAGUCAGACCUGGUGGUGCUGGUACAGGCUAUGUACCAGGAGGAGUCGGGCCUGGUGGAGCUGGUACAGGCUAUGGACCAGGAGGAGUCGGACCUGGAGGUGCUGGUACAGGCUAUGGACCAGGAGGAGUCGGGCCUGGUGGAGCUGGUACAGGCUAUGGACCAGGAGGAGUCGGGCCUGGAGGUGCUGGUACAGGCUAUGGACCAGGAGGAGUCGGACCUGGUGGUGCUGGUACAGGCUAUGGACCAGGAGGAGUCGUGCCUGGUGGUGCUGGUACAGGCUAUGGACCAGGAGGAGUCGGGCCUAGUGGUGCUGGUACAGGCUACGGACCUGGUGGAGCUGGAUCAGGAGGAACAGGAACAGGACUGGGAGGUAAUUAUGAACUGGAAGUUUGGAUAUGAUGCCGAUGCCAAAGCACGAAUGUUAAGCGGAGCACUUGGAGGUCCAGGAACACGUCCCGGAGGAGUCGGGCCUGGUGGUGCUGGUACAGGCUAUGGACCAGGAGGAGGAGUCGGGCCUGGUAGUGCCGGUACAGGCUAUGGACCAGGUGGAGGUGUCGGGCCAGGUGGUGCUGGUACAGGCUAUGGACCAGGAGGAGGAGUCGGGCCUGGUGGUGCCGGUACAGGCUAUGGACCAGGUGGAGGUGUCGGGCCUGGUGGUGCUGGCACAGGCUAUGGACCAGGAGGAGUCAGGCCAGGUGGUGCUGGUACAGGCUAUGGACCAGGUGGAGGAGAUAUGGACCAGGAGGAGUCGGACCUGGAGGUGCUGGUACAGGCUAUGGACCAGGAGGAGUCGGACCUGGAGGUGCUGGUACAGGCUAUGGACCAGGAGGAGUCGGGCCUGGUGGAGUUGGUACAGGCUAUGGACCAGGAGGAGUCGGGCCUGGUGGAGCUGGAACAGGCUAUGGACCAGGAGGAGUUGGGCCUGGUGGUGCUGGUACAGGCUAUGGACCAGGAGGAGUCGACCCUAGUGGUGCUGGUACAGGCUACGGACCUGGUGGAGCUGGAUCAGGAGGAACAGGAACAGGACCGGGAGGAACACGUCCCGGAGGAGUCGGGCCUGGUGGUGCUGGUACAGGCUAUGGACCAGGUGGAGGAGUCGGACCAGGUGGUGCUGGUACAGGCUAUGGACCAGGAGGAGUCAGGCCGGGUGGUGCUGGUACAGGCUAUGGACCAGGUGGAGGAGUCGGGCCAGGUGGUGCUGGUACAGGCUAUGGACCAGGUGGAGGAGUCGGACCAGGUGGUGCUGGUACAGGCUACGGACCAGGAGGAGUCAGGCUAUGGACCAGGAGGAGUUGGGCCCGGUGGUGCUGGUACAGGCUAUGGACCAGGAGGAGUCGGGCCCGGUGGUGCUGGUACAGGCUAUGGACCAGGAGGAGUUGGGCCCGGUGGUGCUGGUACAGGCUAUGGACCAGGAGGAGUUGGGCCCGGUGGUGCUGGUACAGGCUAUGGACCAGGUGGAGGAGUCGGGCCUGGAGGUGCUGGCUACGGACCUGGAGGUUAUGCUGGUGCCAAAGCCAGGAAAUAUGGUCUUCCUGGAGGUGCUGGUGGUGCCCUGGGUGCAGGAGGAUACCUGGCACCUGGUUCAGGAAUUAGUACGGGAGGUGGACCAGCUGGCUUUGGACCAGGCAGUGCUGGAGGAACAGGAUAUGGACCUGGUGGAUAUGUGCCUGGGGUUGGACCUGUGCCUGGGACAGGAUAUGGACCAGGUGGAGGCUAUGGUACCAGACCAGGAAUUGGAUAUGGACAAGGCUAUGGAGCUGGAUCAAAAGCCGCUAAAUAUGGUUAUGGAACAGUUGGAUCCAAAGCUGCUAAGUAUGGUCAACCUGGAGGAGUUGUACCUGGGGCAGGAUCUGGGAAUGGGACCGGAACGGCAGGAUCUGGCACUCCAGGAUCUGGAACUGCAGGAUCUGGAACAACUGGACCUGGUACUGGUACUGCAGGAACUGGUACAGCAGGACCUGGGACAACAGGAUCUGAAACUGGUACUGCAGGUGCUGGUACUGCAGGAUCUGGUACUGCAGGAUCUGGCCCAGGGACCGGCACUGGUGUUUCAGUAAAUGGCACUGACACAAGUAGUGGUGCAGGGACAGCAACUGGAACCAGUGGAGGAGGACUUGGACCCACAGGAGGCACACCAGCACCUGCAUCAGAAGGUGAUGGAGGAGCCGGCAGUGUGAUAGAGGGUUCUGGAAGUUCUGGAGGUGAAGGAGGUACUGGUGUGACUGGCAGACCUGUGGGUGAAGGAGGUGACGGAGAUGUCUUGGGUGGAACAGGAAUCCCCAUCAUUGGAGUAAAACAAGGCCUCAACGGGACAGAAGUUCCAGGUUCAACAGGAGCUUCUCCUGCUGUCACUGGCUUACCUCUACCUGAGAUUGGAGGUGAGGCUGUGCAACCAAGUGGUUCUGAUGGUGAUCUUUCAAGUGGGACACUGCCGGGAGCCAAACCUCUCAAACCCCCAGGUGUCCCCAGAGGUGACACGCCGGGUGAAGGAGAUGGAGAGGGAGGUCCUGACGGAGAGAGAGGUGGUGCAGGGGGAGCUGGAGGAACACCCAAACCACCAAAAGCAUACGGACCUGAUGGGACUGUAGCAGGAAGUGCAAGUGGUGGACCAGGUGGAUCAGGGGUGGUGACAGGAGGUCCUGGAGGAGUUGGAGGAGGUCCAGGCGGAGUUGGAGGAGGUCCAGGCGGAGUUGGCGGAGGUCCUGGAGGAGUUGGAGGAGGUCCAGGCGGAGUUGGAGGAGGUACUGGAGGAGUUGGCGGAGGUCCUGGAGGAGUUGGAGGAGGUCCAGGCGGAGUUGGAGGAGGUCCUGGAGGAGUUGGCGGAGGUCCUGGAGGAGUUGGAGGAGGUCAAGGUGGAGUUGGCGGAGGUCCGGGUGGAGUUGGAGUAGGUCCUGGAGGAGCAGGCUUGGUACCUGGGGCUGGUGGAGUAGGAACAGGAGCAUUUAAACCUGGAAAAAGCUAUGGUGCUGGUGGAGCUGGAGUUUUACCAGGUGGAGGCUUACGUUACCCGACUGGAGCUGCAGUAGGCCAGGGAAAAUCAGGCAAAGUAUAUGGGACUCUCGGCGCAGGGCAGGGUAGGGUUGGUCCUGGCGGUUUUGGACCUGGUCCGGGUGGAUAUGGGGCAGGACCCGGAGGUUACGGUGCUGGUCCAGGUGGAUACGGUGCAGGACCUGGAGGCUAUGGAGGCGUUGGUGGUGGAGGUCCAGGGGGUGCUGGGACCCUCGGAGUUGGAACUGGAGCUGGUGGUGGACCAGGGGGAUAUGGUGUGGGUCCGGUUGUUUCAAGAUACGGCACAGGACCAGGACUGAGAACCGGCAAACCCUCAAAACGUUACGGGGCAGGAGUUGGUGGUGUUGGGCCUGGUGGCUACGGGACUGGACCAGGUGGGGUUGGCCCUGGUGGUUCUGCUGGUUACGGACCUGGUGGCACUGGACCAGGAGGAUAUGGGCCCAGCACAGCAGGGACAGGACCAGGUGGUGUCGGAACCAGGCCAGGCGGAUUUGGUCCUGGCGGUGUUGGCACAGGAACAGGCAGCUAUGGGCCUGGAGGAGCCGGAGUAGUUCCUGGCGUUUAUACUGCUGGAGGUCAAGGACUAGGAAAGAGAAAGCCUGCCAAAUCAGGCUAUGGAUCCUCCUCUCUUGGUGGAGCAGGCUACGGACAAGGUGCAGGAGUUGGGCCAGGCAGAUUUGGGCCUGGGGGAGUAGGACCAGGAGGUGCUGGCACAGGAACUGGAGGCUUUGGACCAGGAGGUGCUGGCACAGGAACGGGAGGUUUCGGACCAGGAGGCGCUGGCACAGGAACUGGAGGUUUCGGACCAGGAGGUGCUGGCACAGGAACUGGAGGCUUCGGACCAGGAGGGGCUGGCACAGGAACUGGAGGUUUCGGACCAGGAGGCGCUGGCACAGGAACAGGAGGUUUCGGACCAGGAGGCGCUGGCACAGGAACAGGAGGUUUCGGACCAGGAGGCGCUGGCACAGGAACGGGCGGUUUCGGACCAGGAGGCGCUGGCACAGGAACUGGAGGUUUCGGACCAGGAGGCGCUGGCACAGGAACUGGAGGUUUCGGACCAGGAGGCGCUGGCACAGGAACGGGAGGUUUCGGACCAGGAGGUGCUGGCACAGGAACGGGAGGUUUCGGACCAGGAGGCGCUGGCACAGGAACUGGAGGCUUCGGACCAGGAGGCGCUGGCACAGGAACGGGAGGUUUCGGACCAGGAGGCGCUGGCACAGGAACUGGAGGUUUCGGACCAGGAGGCACUGGCACAGGAACAGGAGGUUUCGGACCAGGAGGCGCUGGCACAGGAACUGGAGGUUUCGGACCGGGAGGCGCUGGCACAGGAACUGGAGGCUUUGGACCAGGAGGCCCACGUUUCGGAAAAAGGAAACCUUCUAAAUCUGGUUAUGGGUAUGGCUCAGGACGAUUAGGAGGAGGUGUAGGUGGUGGUCCUGGUGGAGUUGGAGCUGGACCUGCAGGCUAUGGCCCAGGAGGAUACGGACCAGCUGGAACAGGGACAGGUUUAGGUUACGGGCCUGGAGGUGCUGGAACCGGGGGCAUUGGCCCAGGAAGUGCUGGAACCGGGGGCGUUGGCCCAGGAGGUGCUGGAACUGGGCCUGGGGGUUUUAGACCUGGAGGAGUGGGUGGAUUUGGACCUGGUGACCAAGCACUUGGGAACAGGAAGGCUCCUAAAUCAGGUUAUGGCUCGUCGUUGGGAGGAACUAGCUAUGGACCAGGUGGUGGAGCAGGGCUGCUUCCUGGUGGAGGAAGUGGAGGUAUCAGAGGCUCAGGUAGUGCAGCAGGAGGAACAGGAGGUCCUGCAGGAACAGGUCAGGGAGUAGGAGGAGGCGCAGGAAGCUUACCAGGGGGUGCUGGCCCUGGCUUUGGUGGGGUGGCUGGUGGAAACUAUCCAGGAUAUGCGGGUGCCGGGCAAAAAUCCAAGUCACAGAUGGCAGCCAAAUUUGCAGCCAUGCAGGCCUUAUUGGGAGCUGGCGGCUACAGAGGCGCUGGCUGCCAGGGUAAAUACUGUGGCAGAAGGAGGAAGUGAGAGACCGGCUGACAGGAAGUGACCUCAUUAAAACAACAGUGGUGCUAUUGCAUGUUUUCAGAUUGUAAAUGUCUUAUCUACCAUAGGAGCUAAAGCUUCAACACAUUCCACAUGUUAAACUUUUCAUUUGCUUGGAUAUACAAGGGUAUACUUAAAAAAGAGUGAUGUUCUCUACCUGUUAGGGUCAGGGUUGCAGGCUGCGGUGAAAUCUGUCCUUUAAAACACAAUUCUGUAAGGGGAUACAUUCACUAUAAUGGAAAUGUAUUUUCUCCAUGAAUCACCUUGUGACUGGGGAUCCAAAAUCCCAAUUAGCAGGUUGAGAACAUCUCAAAUAAGGAUCCACAUUUCUUCGGAAGCUGUACUAAAAUACAACUGUGUGUUUUUGUUAUUGUUGUUGAACACCAUGUGUGUUCAUGUGUGAGUAUCACCAUGAAUCCUGAUACAAAGGACACCCUCAGGGCAGCUCCUUCAGACCUGUCUGCAUGCUGACAAAAAGUUUUUAAAAACUACAAAUCUCCAAGGCAAUUCCUUAUCCAGUUAGAAAGGACUUUGUUCAAGUCAGCAGAUGUAGUCUAAGUGCAAACACUUUUUCUGUCAAGACAAAGAAACAGAUUGUUGCUAUUUUGGGAAAAAUGUAAACAAAGUGGAUUUUUUUGUAGUGCCAUGUUUUUACUGUUCAUGAUCUGAUCUCUGAAAACAAGUCUGUGUUCAUUUUGACUUUGCUUUCAGUAGCAUCGACAACAGCCGAGGAUGAAGGUCCUCAGAUGUAAACACUUCUUCCACUCGUGCACACCAUUAUAAGCACUGUUUUAUAGCUACAUAAACCUAAUUAGCAAUAUUGUAAACUUACAUGCAUAUUUUUCAUUCUCAUAAGGAUGUAUGUGAGGUAAUAUGAUUUGAAUACGUGAUAUGGCAUUUAAAUGGCUUCUAAAGAGCAUUGAUUACUGUGUUUUUAUUGUUAAAUGUACCUCCUUUAACACUGUUGUUCACUUUUGCUAGUCUUUUUAAAUUAUGCUGACAAAAAGCAGAAGGCUCAGAGCUUUAUCUAUUUAGUCUCAUUUUAAGAAUUCAAGUGCAUUGAUACAGUAUUAAAUAUUUGAGUUAUUUUGUGUGUGUGUUUCCAAAGUUUUAAUACUUAUGUAUUGCUACAUUUAUUACAAGUGCUUUGUUUACUACAUUGUGAUUGUGAUGUCCUUUGGAUAGAAAGCGUAAUUGAUUCUCAUGUUGCAUUUGAGCUUACAUUUGUGUCUUUAUAUCUAGCUCAACAUGUGUUUUUAACAUCUGCAUUCUUUAUGUGGCCUAUGAAGAAAAUGUUGCACUUUUGUACACUUCAGACAAUCUCUGAAAUAAAAACAAAUGACCAUU